GAAAAUUCUUAUCACAAUAAAGUCAUGUUAUCAUAUCACGCUAAAAAAGCUAAGAGACCACAAAACGAGAUAACAUGAGUAGUAACAGCAAAAAAAAUACUAAAGACGAGAAAAAAAGUUCAUCAAAUAAAGAGGAAAGCCCAAGUAAUAAAGAUGAAGCUGGAGGAUCCGCAUCAGGUGGAAGCAAUGGACUGCCAAGUGCUGAACCUUCUCAGCCUGGUAGCAAGCCAGGAUCAGCUGGUGCAACAGCUAGAGAAGGUGCACAAAGAUUAUUGGCUCUUGCAAGUCGUGGAGAAUGGGCUCCAGUGGAUCAGCUUCUUAAGACUUUGGAAAAAGCGGUACAAAAUGUUGGAGAAGACGGCAAUACCAUGCCGCUUGCCGGUCUUAUGGAUCUGACAACAGGGAUGACACCUUUGAUGUAUGCCGUCAAGGACAAUCGUACAGCAUUUUUAGAUCGACUGAUAGACCUUGGUGCUGACGUGGGUGCUCGUAACAAUGACAAUUAUAAUGCACUCCACAUAUCAGCAAUGUAUUCUCGAGAGGAUGUCGUCAAGCUCUUGCUGUCAAAGAAAGGAGUUGAUCCUUAUGCAGCUGGUGGCCCUCGAAAACAAACUGCAGUUCAUUUAGUAGCGUCACGGCAAACAGGAACAGCAACGUCAAUACUUCGAGCCCUUUUGAAUGCCUCAGGGAGAGAUAUUCGAUUGAUAAAUGAUGGUAAAGGGAAAAUUCCACUUCUUCUGGCAGUGGAAGCAGGUAAUCAAUCCAUGUGUCGUGAAUUGCUUGCCCAACAAGCACCUGACCAAUUACGAGCAACAACGCCUGCAGGAGAUACUGCUUUACAUCUGGCUGCUCGAAGGCGUGAUGUUGAUAUGGUCCGAAUUCUCGUUGAUUAUGGAGCUCAAGUUGAUAUGCAAAAUAGAGAAGGUCAAACACCACUUCAUAUUGCAAGCGCUGAAGGAGAUGAGACAUUGGUUAAAUACUUCUAUGGAGUAAGGGCUUCUGCAUCAAUUGCUGACCAUCAAGAUCGAACACCUAUGCAUUUAGCCGCAGAGAAUGGUCAUGCAACAAUAAUUGAUCUUUUGGCAGAAAAAUUUCGAGCCAGUAUUUUUGAACGAACUAAAGAUGGAUCCACUUUAAUGCAUAUCGCAUCACUGAACGGGCAUUCAGAAUGUGCCAACAUGUUGUUCAAGAAGGGAGUAUAUCUCCACAUGCCAAAUAAACGAGGAGAACAUCCUAUUCAUACUGCAGCUGGAUGUGGGCAUGUUGGUAUCAUCAGCACACUUCUUCAGCGUGGAGAAAAAGUUGAUGCUACAACGAACGACAAUUAUACAGCGUUACAUAUAGCUGUACAGAGUGCCAAGCCUGCUGUUGUAGAGACUCUUCUCGGUUAUGGUGCUGAAGUUCAUGUAAGAGGUGGAAAGCUACGUGAAACUCCUCUUCAUAUUGCUGCGAGGGUUCUUGAUGGAGACAGAUGUGCCUUAAUGCUUCUUAAGUCUGGUGCUGGACCCAACUUGACUACAGACGAUGGACAGACUCCUGUUCAUGUGGCUGCUAGUCAUGGGAAUUUAGCCACUUUGAGGCUACUUCUUGAAGACGGUGGAGAUCCUAUGUAUAAAUCAAAGAAUGGAGAAACUCCGCUUCAUCUGGCAUGUAGAGGCUGUAAGUCAGCAGUAGUUAGUCACCUGAUUGAUUUCGUGAAAGAAAAUAGGGGUGCAGAAGUAGCAACUUCUUAUGUUAACAGUCUGACUAAUGAAGGAGCUAGUGCCUUACAUUAUGCUGCUCAAAUAGAACCUACGGAAGUGUUAGAACCUGGGAACGAUCGUGCUGUGGUUAGAGCUUUAUUAGAGAACGGUGCUGAUGUCUCUCUUCAAACCAAACAAACACAGGAGACGGCAUUCCAUUACUGUGCAUUAGCUGGUAACAAUGAAGUACUGGCAGAGAUGAUAAAUCACAUGUCAGCGACAGAAGUUCAAAAAGCACUGAAUAGACAGAGUGCUGUUGGCUGGACGCCGCUGCUGAUAGCUGCUCAUCGUGGACAUAUGGAGUUAGUGACGACGCUCUUGGCGAAUCACGCCCGGGUUGACGUCUUUGACCUCGAAGGAAGGUCGGCGCUACACCUGGCCGCCGAGCAUGGCUAUCUCCAAGUCUGCGACGCUCUGCUAGCCAGCAAGGCCUUCAUCAACUCGAAGUCCAGAGUGGGGCGUACAGCCCUACAUUUAGCAGCCAUGAAUGGCUAUACACAUCUCGUUCGAUUUCUUAUUCAAGAUCAUGGUGCUGCUAUUGAUGUAUUAACAUUAAAAAAGCAAACUCCGCUUCAUUUAGCUGCUGGUGCUGGUCAAUUAGAAGUUUGCAGGCUUCUUAUAGAACUUGGAGCCAGUUGUGAUGCUACUGACGAUCAAGGACAAAAGCCUAUACAUGCUGCAGCUAUGAAUAACUACGCUGAAGUCGUUCAACUUUUCCUUCAAAGACAUCCAAGUCUUGUCAUGGCAUGUACAAAAGACGGCAAUACUUGUGCUCACAUUGCAGCAAUGCAAGGAAGCGUAAGAGUUAUUGAAGAGUUAAUGAAAUUCGAUAGACAAGGUGUUAUAUCAGCUAGAAAUAAGUUAACUGAAGCAACACCACUUCAACUUGCUGCAGAAGGUGGUCAUGCAGAAGUCGUGAGAGCUUUAGUACGAGCAGGAGCUUCAUGUGCUGAUGAAAAUCGCGCUGGUUUUACAGCCGUACAUUUAGCUGCUCAACAUGGUCAUGGCCAAGUUUUAGAGGUCAUGAGGUCGUCUCAAUCGUUGAGAAUAGUUAGCAAAAAACUUGGUGUUACUGCUUUACAUGUUGCAGCUUAUUUUGGUCAAGCUGAUACUGUCCGAGAACUAUUGCAGCAUGUUCCGGGAACUGUUAAAUCUGAAGCACCAACGGGUGGCUCUUUAGUGGGUGAAUUAGGUAGUGAAUCAGGAAUGACGCCCCUUCACCUUGCAGCUUACUCUGGGAAUGAAAACGUCGUUCGAUUAUUGCUCAACUCUGCUGGAGUACAGGUAGAAGCACAGACAACCGAAAAUGGUUUUAAUCCAUUACAUUUAGCAUGUUUUGGCGGGCACAUCACGGUUGUAGGAUUAUUGCUAAGCAGAUCAGCGGAAUUGCUUCAUAAGGCUGAUCGUUAUGGGAAAACUGGAUUACAUAUAGCUGCUACUCAUGGCCAUUACCAGAUGGUCGAAGUUUUGCUGGGUCAAGGGGCAGAGAUCAAUGCUACUGACAAGAAUGGUUGGACGCCCUUGCACUGUGCAGCGAGGGCAGGUCAUUUAGAUGUAGUAAGGCUACUCGUAGAAAGUGGGGCUUCACCUAAAAGCGAAACGAACCUUGGAAGUGCACCUAUUUGGUUUGCUGCUUCUGAAGGUCACAAUGAAGUGCUCAAAUAUUUGAUGGAAAAAGAACAUGAUACUUAUGCUCUCAUGGAAGAUAGGAGGUUCGUGUACAACAUGAUGGUGUGCAGUAAAAGCCACAACAACAAGCCAAUCGAGGAAUUCGUUCUUGUAUCUCCUGCGCCUGUAGAUACUGCAGCGAAGCUUUCUAAUAUCUACAUGAAGCUAUCAGAAAAAGAGAAAGAACGUGCAAAGGACUUAAUAGCAGCUGGAAAACAAUGUGAAGCAAUGGCUACUGAAUUACUAGCUUUAGCAGCGGGUGCAGAUUCUGCUGGACGAAUUUUAACUUCUAUGGACAGACGAAAUGUUGAGUUUCUAGAUGUUUUAAUUGAAAAUGAACAGAAAGAAGUAAUUGCGCAUACAGUAGUGCAACGAUAUCUUCAAGAACUGUGGCGUGGAAGUUUAAAUUGGAAUGCUUUUCGUACCAUUCUUUUAUUUAUUACUUUUCUAGUAUGCCCACCGGUGUGGGUUGUGUUUGCAUUACCUUUGGGACAUAAAUAUAAUAACGUGCCCAUUAUAAAAUUCAUGUCGUACCUGACUUCUCAUGUGUAUUUAAUGGUAUUUCUGUUACUAGUGGGUAUUACACCCAUUUAUCCAGUUGUGAGACCGAGUUUAGUACCUUACUGGUAUGAAUGGUGUUUAUUGGUGAUGUUAUCUGGACUUUUAUUGUUUGAACUGACAAAUCCGAGUGACAAAAGUGGUCUCGGUUGGAUAAAACUUGCAGUAUUACUCUUUGGAAUUUUUGGUGUCGCAUUUCACUUGGUGGCUUGGUCACUGGUUAACCCAAAAUCUGGUAACUGGCCAACGUUACUUUAUCUACGAAAUCAAUUAUUUGCCCUCAGCUUUCUCUUGGCUUGCGUUCAAAUAUUGGACUUCUUAUCAUUCCAUCAUCUCUUUGGACCUUGGGCCAUUAUUAUUGGUAAUCUAAUGAAGGACUUAGCCAGGUUUCUUGCUGUACUCGCCAUCUUCGUCUUUGGCUUUUCUAUGCUCUUCGUGGCGCUGAAUCAAGCCAUUGAAGAUAAAGAUUUAUCAAGAAAAUCGAGACCAAAAAACGCAUUCUCAGAUGUUAAGAUGAAUCCAAUUCUGGCCGUUGAGUUACUCUUCUUCGCUAUCUUUGGACAAACAACACACGAACAGUUCAAGGUUCAGCCAAAAUCACAACCACCUUGGACAACCGUUCUUUUCAAGCUAGCAUUUGGCAUUUAUAUGCUGGUAUCAGUCGUUGUCCUGAUUAAUCUUCUUAUUGCUAUGAUGAGUGACACCUAUCAACGGAUUCAAGCACAGUCUGACAUCGAAUGGAAAUAUGGUUUAAGCAAACUAAUUAGAAAUAUGCACAGGACCACAACAGCCCCGGCGCCACUAAAUCUUAUUACAACUUGGCUCUCAUAUUUCUUCAAAGUAUGUAAAAAACGAUCAGCCAAAAAGCAACGUCCUUCCUUGGUAAAUUUAAUGGGCCUUCAUCGAACUGGAAGAAUGUCUCCUCGUUCAAAAAUGGGUGCCAAAUGGCUUGCUAAAGUUAAAAAGACUCAAGUAGCUCAUAAAGACAGUGUUGCUUUAUCAGUAGCUCAUCUGAGUCCGCUCGGAAGUCAAUUAUCUUUCAGCAAUGCAUUGAGAAUCGAUACUGUCGUUGAUUGGGAUGCUGUAAGAAGAAAGUAUCUAGAACUUUUUGGUGGAGAAGCAGAGAAAUCUGUUGAUGAUAACAAAGAUUCAGCGGAAACUACAGAAAAAGAGCCAAUAACUUCAAUCGAAGAGCCUCCAGCAAUUCCUUCUUCCAUUACAAACGAAUUGCAUUGAUUUUUACGUUCUAUUCUGAUAGUUAAUACUCAAUUCAACGGAAAAUCGAGUUGCUUUAUCUACGCCGUCAUCUUACCAGAUGGUAACG